AUGCCCGGUCUGCCCACAUCUUCGGAGAUGCAGAGCUGCCCUCAACUGUAUUCCGCAGGACUUCUAUUAACCCCCUCGGCUUCUCUUUCCACUUCGAGCAGCUGGGCUCUGCUGGACUUUUGCUCCUCCGACACGCAGCCACACGAGCUGACAGCUGGGCACCUCUCUCCGGAGUACGUCGAUACACCUACCCCUGUGCCACACGUCUCACUCCCGGCGGCAAGUUCACCGGAUGAUGCGCAAUCUGACAGUGGCACGGGCCAGACGGCGUCCUCCGGGUGGUCGGUACUUCCCAGCGAGUGGCCGUCGCCGCGGCUGGACGGCGCCACGCCAACAUACGAGCAGGGCACGGGAGGCAUUCUGCCAACUGGUCGCCCCGGUGAGUUGGGCAAUGCAUUGAGAGGCGAGUGGUGCCGGGGUAUCCCCGUGGAUGGGGCUUCCCGCUGGCUUCACAGCAGGGGUUUGCUGCGCACUGCCGCAGCACCCUGCAGACCGCGUUUCGGCUUCCCUUACAUUACCCUUCUGCAGGCUUUGCCGCCACCCUCGGAGAGGGAGGGGAACAUUUCUGCCGUCUUCCGCGGCGUCCUUCCACAUCCAGUCUGCACAGAGACUGUGGGGAAGAUGAUUUUAUCCGGUGGCGGCGCGGAGACGUUGCAGCAACCAGAGCGCGGUGCCUCGCUGACCCACGCCCCUAAAGACAGUGCUGAUGAAAAUGCCUCUAGAAGCGUGUCCAGCUCAGUGUACACAUCGUGUUUCAGUAUGGCGUUCAUCCUUUCUUUGUUUCAGCAGCUGAUGAGUAUGGAUGAGGAACACCAACGCAGGAUGAGGCGGCAGCAGCGGCGGCAGCGUCGCCGUGAAGGUGGUCUUGGCGACGAGCUGCAGGACGGCUGGGCGUCUGUCGGGAAGUGGAUCACGACCAGCAUGGAGUCGCUUGUCUCUUGCGCACUGCAUGGCAUCAUUGUGUUCAUGCUGUAG